ACACAACAUUUUCACAACCUAAACAAAAUCAUAUUGAUUCAGAAACCUAUUCCAAAGGUUAAAUAAGAAACAAAAACUAAGAAACUGAAUUUUAGUAGUGAUACCUUAUAAUACAAACUAGCAAUGGAGAUGAUAACGAAGAUGGUGUUGGAGAGACCAGUGGUCAUUUACAGCAAAAGCUCAUGUUGUAUGUCCCACACGGUCAAGACUUUGCUCUGCGACUUCGGUGCGAAUCCAGCGGUUCACGAGCUUGAUGAGGUACCUAGAGGCAGGGAGAUUGAGCAGGCGUUGUUGCGGCUUGGGUGUAGCCCGGCGGUUCCAGCCAUUUUUAUUGGAGGAGAGUUGGUUGGUGGAGCUAACGAGGUCAUGAGUCUUCACCUUAACGGCUCAUUGAUCCCUAUGCUUAAGCAGGCUGGUGCAUUGUGGGUCUGAAUUAAUAUAUUUAACUAACUAGUUUACUUAACACUAAGUUAAGUACGCAGAAUAAUGUUUUUAAAUACAUCUAUGGUUUUUGACGUGGUGAUAUGUAUGAGUCCAUGUCAGAUCAAUAAUCCGGGUGUUAUCUUUUUACUGUUUUGAUGUUACAUGAACUUAUAAGAAAAUAAAUAUAAAUAAUAAUGAAGAAAUUAAGAAAAAUAA